AUGGAGGAGCCACAGUGGAACUUCUCCCACACCGAAUUCUUUCUGAUUGGGUUCUCUUCUCUUGGAGAGCAUCGGCGAUACCUCUUCCUCCCUUUUUGUGUGAUGUUCAUCUUCUCCACAGUUUGCAACACAAGUCUUCUUUACGUGAUCAUCAGACAGAGGAGUCUACACGCACCCAUGUACGUUCUCAUCGGCUCCAUUGCCUGUGUAGAUAUAGUUGCCCCACUGCUGGUUGCACCCAGAAUGCUCUUUAGUUUUCUUUCUGACCGGAAUGAGAUUUCUCGAGCAGGAUGUCUGCUGCAGAUGUUUUUUGUUCAUUUUGUAUGUAGUUUCCAGUCCACCAUCCUCUUGGGCAUGGCUGUAGAUCGCUACUUUGCUAUUAUUCUACCGUUGCGUUACAAUGAUGUUGUUAACAGUGAAAACAUACUCAGAUUCGCCCUUGUCUAUGUGCUCCGAAACACAAUCAUCAUUUCAAGCAUGGUCAUCCUUGUUGGAAGACUCACCUUCUGUGCUUCAAAUGUCCUUUACCACUGUUUCUGUGAGCACCAGUUAGUGGUGAACUUGGCUUGUGGAGACACAACCAAGAACUACAUCGCAGGUUUCGUCAACUUCUGCAUACCCACGGUGGACUUCCUUGGCCUUGCCUAUUCCUACGUUGCAAUUUUUGUGGUUAUUUUUCGGUCGGCAGCUGGGGAAUCUCGGCAAAAAGCCAUCCACACUUGUGGCACUCACUUAAUUGUUAUUUUCAUCACUUACUUUUCCUCUAUGACUGCGUUUCUUGCAUACAGGGUGAAGCAUGCGAUUCCAGCAGACUAUCGAGUUCUUAUUAGCUGCAUGUAUUUUCUUGUCCCCGGCUGCUGCAAUCCAGUCAUUUAUGGCAUCAGGACGAAAGAAAUAAGGGAACAACUAAUAAAACUGUUUCACUGUACAAAAAUUGCACCUCAAUAUGCAAAGACUCCGAAUUUCAAAGAUGGUGCCACCAGUCAUGACACAGCCACCCACAGUCAGACUCCACUGUGCCGAAACAACCCCCUACAGUGGUCUCGCACCACCCUGCCAUGGAAGUCCUGCCUGUGGAGUCCCAGUCUGCACAAUUAUGGAAUGAAUGGAGGCGAGGAGAUAGAGCGGGAGGAUGUGUCUGUCGAGCCGUGCCAGACAUCGGAUCCAAAGAGCCUUAACCCUGAGGACCACUGA